CAGAUUAAGACAGAGUCAAUGCAGCAAGAGUCAGUUGCAGUGUUGUUCUCCACUACGCCUCACCUCCCUCCGGCUCUGCUCUCUGCAGGCAGGCCCCAGACCCCAAGGCCCACACCACACCUCUCUCCUAGGCAGAAGCAGAACGUGUCUGUAGGAAUAAGAAAGUAUGGGCGCCUACGAGUCUAACCUGGACGAUAUCCUGGCGGAGGACAUGCACCACUGGUACAACAAGUUUAUGAAAGAGUCUCCUUCGGGACUCAUCACGUUGUUUGAGCUGAAGACGAUGUUGGAGAUGCAGGGGAUGACAGAAGAAGCAAGCAGCUACGUGGACCAGGUCUUCUUUACCUUUGACAUGGACGGGGAUGGAUAUAUAGACUUCGUAGAGUACAUAGCAGCAGUUAGUCUGAUGCUGAAAGGAGAAAUCAACCAGAAACUGAAAUGGUAUUUCAAACUUUUCGAUCAGGACGGAAACGGCAAGAUUGACCAAGAUGAAAUGGGGACAAUAUUCAAGGCUAUCCAGGACAUCACCAGAUGUUAUGACCCUCCUACGGAGGAGAUUGUGACCCUCAUCUAUGAGAAGGUUGACAUAAAUAACGAAGGCGAGUUGACUCUGGAGGAGUUUAUCGAAGGAGCCAGGGACCACCAAGACAUCAUGGAGAUGUUGGGAAAGAUGAUGGACCUCACCAACGUUCUAGAGAUCAUUGUCAACGGACAGAAAAAGCAGGUCAAAUCACCCGAAUGAGGAUGACGUCACUUCCUGUUGCACUUCCUGUUUGAUGGACUCAGAAUUUACAGAAUGCAACGCAGAAAGGUUGUUGAGAAAGAAUAGGAUUGUUUGGGACGGAAAGCAAUUAUAGUGGAAUGUUUAAUAUAUAAUAUAUGGAGGAAAUGUAUAAAAGAACAAACGACGAACUUGAGCAUCUUGAUGAGAAGGUGAAUAUACAUGAAUGGGAGGGGAGCCAUGUCCCAAAUCUCCAUCGACCAAGAAGACUGAGUUGAUGUAAGGAACCAAUGGAACCAUGCCAGGAGGUCAUGUGACCCGUCUAUGUUCUCUAUUUCUACAUCCCGAUUGUCUUUACACCCUUUUCCCGAAGUCCCAUCAUAGAUUUAACCACGGUGGAAACCCUCUAGGCAAUGAUAACACCGAUUAAAUACUUUGAGAUCAAAUGACAGGAAGUGUGGAAGUGCAAGUGUAGAGAAUUGGGAUGCAGCCUAUAUGUUCUCUCUGUGUGUAUCACUUGAGUAUCCUCCUCCUCUCACUGUCACCACAGCUCUCUCUAGUCCUCCUUCUCCUGCACCUAGUCUCACAGUCACCACAGCUCUCUCUAGUCCUCCCCCUGCACUGUCACCACAGCUCCCUCUAGUCCUCCUCAUCUCAGUCACCACAGCUCUCUCUAGUCCUCCUCCUGCUCUCACAGUCACCACAGCUUUCUCUAGUCCUCCUCAUCUCAGUCACCACAGCUUUCUCUAGUCCUCCUCCUGCUCUCACAUUCACCACAGCUCUCUUUAGUCCUCCUCAUCUCAGUCAACACAGCUCUCUCUGGUCCUCCUCCUGCUCUCACAGUCACCACAGCUUUCUCUAGUACUCCUCCUCUCACAGUCACCACAGCUCUCUCUAGUCCUCCUCAUCUCAGUCACCACAGCUUUCUCUAGUACUCCUGCUCUCACAGUCACCACAGCUCUCUCUAGUCCUCCUCAUCUCAGUCACCACAGCUUUCUCUAGUACUCCUCCUCUCACAGUCACCACAUCUCUCUCUAGUCUUCCUCCUGCACUGUCACCACAGCUCUCUCUAGUCCUCCUCCUGCUCUCACAGUCACCACAGCUCUCUCUAGUCCUCCUCCUGCUUUGUCACCAGAGCUCUCUCUAGUCCUCCUCCUGCUCUCACAGUCACCACAGCUCUCUCUAGUCCUCCUCCUGCUCUCUCAGUCACCACAGCUCUCGCUAGUCUUCGUCCUGCUCUCACAGUCACCACAGCUCUCUAUAGUCCUCCUCCUCUCAGUCACCACAGCCCUCUCUAGUCCUCCUCCUGCUCUCACAGUCACCACAGCUCUCUUUAGUCCUCCUCCUCUCAGUCACCACAGCUCUCUCUAGUCCACCUCCUGAUCCUCCACUCACAGUCACCACAGCUCUCUCUAGUCCUCCUCCUGCUCUCACAGUCACCACAGCUCUCUCUAGUCCUCAUCCUGCUCUCACAGUCACCACAGCUCUCUCUAGUCCUCCUCCUGAUCCUCCUCUCACAGUCACCACAGCUCUCUUUAGUCCUCCUCAUCACAGUCACCACAGCUCUCUCUAGUCCUCCUCCAUCUCUCAGUCACCACAGCUCUCUUUAGUCCUCCUCCAUCUCUCACAGUCACCACAGUUCUCUCUAGUCCUCCUCAUCUCAAUCACCACAGCUCUCUCUAAUCCCCCUCCUCCUCUAACAGUCACCCCAGCUCUCUCUAGUCCUCCUCCUGCUCUCACAGUCACAACAGCUCUCUCUGUAGUCCUCCUCCUCCUCAUCUCACAGUCACCACAGCUCUCUCUAGUCCUCCUCCUGCUCUCACAGUCAUCCCAGCUCUCUCUAGCCCUCCUCCUGCUCUCACAGUCACAACAGCUCUCUCUCUAGUCCUCCUCCUCAUCUCACAGUCACCACAGCUCUCUCUAGUCUUCCUCCUCCUCUCACAGUCACCACAGCUCUCUCUAGUCCUCCUCCUGAUCCUCCUCUCUGUCACCACAGCUCUCUCUAGUCCUCCUCCUGCUCUCACAGUCACCACAGCUCUCUUUAGUCCUCCUCCAUCUCUCACAGUCACCACAGUUCUCUCUAGUCCUCCUCAUCUCAAUCACCACAGCUCUCUCUAAUCCUCCAACAGUCACCCCAGCACUCUCUAGCCCUCCUCCUGCUCUCACAGUCACAACAGCUCUCUCUCUAGUCCUCCUCCUCAUCUCACAGUCACCACAGCUCUCUCUAGUCCUCCUCCUGCUCUCAUAGUCACAACAGCUCUCUCUCUAGUCCUCCUCCUCAUCUCACAGUCACCACAGCUCUCUCUUGUCUUCCUCCUGCUCUCACAGUCACCACAGCUCUCUCUAGUCCUCCUCCUGAUCCUCCUCUCUCAGUCACCACAGCUCUCUCUAGUCCUCCUGCUCCUCCUCUAACAGUCACCACAGCUCUCUCUAGUCCUCCUCCUCCUGCUCCUCCUCUAACAGUCACCACAGCUCUCGCUAGUCCUCCUCCUCCUGCUCCUCCUCUAACAGUCACCACAGCUCUCUCUAGUCCUCCUCCUCCUGCUCCUCCUCUAACAGUCACCACAGCUCUCUCUAGUCCUCCUCCUCCUGCAACAGUCACCACAGCUCUCUCUAGUCCUCCUCCUCCUGCUCCUCCUCUAACAGUCACCACAGCUCUCGCUAGUCUUCGUCCUGCUCUCACAGUCACCACAGCUCUUUCUAAUCCUCCUAUGUAACGGUCUUAAAACACACUUUGUCACCAACUGAUACAAUGUUCUUAGAGGUCUUUUAAGAGAGGAUGUAUAAGUGCUGUUGUCAGAAGCAAGCCCUUAUACCAUAAACAGACGGGUAUUGAACUUUAGGGGCGUUCUCUGGCUGGUGACUAGGAUUCUAUGCAUUCCUAUUUGUAUUCAGGCUAAAAUAUUUAAAGAAACUGAAUAGAUGUAUUGUAUAUCCUCUUAUUCUAAAUAAAUGGAAUGGAUUUGUUGUUUUUCAAAACAAUUAUGGAACGUUAUAGAUAUUUAUAAUCAUAAGCAAAUGUUUGAGAAAAAAUAUAUUUUCACAAAGUAAAAAACGUCCAGGUUUCUGAGUCACUAAAGAUGUUUCAUAGUGUGUUUUAGACUGGAUGUUGAAAGUGACCCUACAUUCGAAAUGCACACGUGUCCCUUGGGUUGGGACUGAUCUCAACAUUACUUUUGGGGUUCUGAAAACCCAAACCCUUCUUUUGUGUUGUUUUUGUACCAUCAUCAUUGAAAUGCAACAGAAAUUUGAUCAUGUAUAGUUCAGCCCAGGUGCAAUAUGCAUUAUGGCCACUAGAUGACAGCAAUGUAUGUGCAAAGUUUAAGACUGAUUCAAUGAGCCAUUGCAUUUCUGUUCAAAAUGUUGUAUCGAGACUGCCCAAAUAUGCCUAAUUUGUUUAUUAAUAACUUUUUAUGUUCAAAAUUGUGCACUCUCCUCUCCUUUCACUGUAAUAGCUACUGUAAAUUGGACAGUGAAGUUAGAUUAACAAGAAUUUAAGCUUUCUGACAAUAUCAGAUAUGUCUUUGUCCUGGGAUUUUUUUUGUUGAGACUUACAACCAUUAGCCUACGUUAGCUCAACCGUCCCGUGGAAGGGGACACUGAUCCCGAAUAAAUUUUGAAACAUGUUUUUUGGGGUUGCCUUAACAAUUUUAUCAAUACAGUCAUUCUGAAUAAACAUACCGAUUUCCUGUUGAUUAAAUAAAGGAAGUGGUUCAA